UAUCUAUGAUGUUAUUUACCUAAAUUAAUGGCUGGGAAGUGGGAAAAGAAUUUGUGAUGGCAAGUUGGAUGAUUAGGGGACGGAGUUUACGUUCUGGGAGAUCAGUACGAAGUCGUCAUGACAGCGAGGACGAUGUUCAUCUGGACAUGUCCAAAGAUGCGUCUGAAUGUGCCCGGGAGAUCCUCACAAACGUUUGCAAGAAGCAAGGAUUGACAGGCGGCAAACGAUUUGGAUAUCUUAAUGCGUUUGUUAAGCUGCUGACUAAAACUGACAUUGGUGCUGGAGAUUUGGGAUAUACGAUCGAGGAUAUUCAGUGUUGCCUGCGUGUGCCCAUGGUGCACGAGUCGUCGUUGGUUCGCGCGGCCACUCUGCGCACGCUGCGCUACCUGCUGAAGGAGGAGAGGGAUGUCAAGACGCUGAUACGACUGCAGUACCCGCAUCUCAUCGCCAGGAGCCUGGACAUAAACCUGAGGAACGACAUGGAGCGGGUGCAGGCGCUGCGCCUGAUGAGGCGCAUGCUGACGACGAGCCCGGGGAGCUUCCCCGCGGAGCUGGUGCGCUGCCUGGGGGCGACGGUGGUCGGCGGGCUGGAGGAGAAGGACCGCAUGCUGCGGGCGGCUCUCGCCAUCCUCGCCGAGACGUGCGUGCUGAACCCGGAGGUGUUUGUGGCGUGCGGAGGGGUGAGCGCGGUGACGCACAGCGUGCUGGACGCGCAGAUGCCGCGCAUCGUGGAGUGCCUGUGCGGGGCGCUGCUGUUCCUGCUGAACCACCCCCGCACGAGGGCGCGGGCCGGCGUGGGCCUGCAGCAGCUGGCCGGGCCCUACUGCGACCCGCACCCCGGCGGGGAGAAGGAGGCCCGCGAGCAGCGCUUCCGCUGCUGCCACCUGGCGCUGCUGUCGGUGCUACGCUCCUGGCCGGGACUGCUGCACCUGUGCCACCCCGACAACACCUCCGGCCUGCGGGCGGUCGUCAGCGUGCUGUACCUGCGCCAGUUCGAGGUCCGGAAGGGAAUCCUGGACCUGCUUUACGACCUGCUGUGCCUGCCCCAGCCCGAGUGGACGGACGAGUACAGCGUCGCGCUGGACGCCGUCGACCCCUCUCGCCCCAGGGACUCCUGGCGGCUCUCGGAAGGCUUCGUCGCCGCGGAGGGCCGCGACGUGCUGCCCAACCUUGCCAAGUUCACGCCAAAUAUUGUAGAAAUCCACAUUGCAGUUUUGCUGUACAUUUUCCUGGAGACUGGAUUACUGGAAGCUCUAGUGGAAGUUUCUGUGUCUUCUGACACCUUCAUCUCAGUCAGAGCGACAGUGCUACUUGGGGAGCUGCUGCAGCUGAUGCACCGACUACUGCCCCCCGAGUGCUGCGACGUGACCCCGCCCCUCCCGGGACUGCUGGCCCACGCGGCCAACGGGCGGGACCUGGCCGCCCAGCAGCGAGCUCUUGCCGCCGUCUCCGCCCUGUCCCGCCUCCACCAGCUGCACAAGCGUCGGCCGGCCCCCGCCUCCCUUUUCCUGGACCUCUCGCUGCAAGGGGGAUCCUGGGCCCGCCCCGCCAUCGCCCCGGGCCCCGGCCCCAGCCUCGGGGACACCCACAAGGGCCGCGGCAAGCUCUACCAGUUCAUCGUGAAGGAAGGCAGUGACGAUGUCCUGAAAGACUCGGGCGUCCUCACCCACAAGGAUGGCUUCUCCUGGAACUGGAAUGUGGUUCGUGCUGUGCUGAAGAGUCGCAGCGAGGCCUUGAAGAAGCUAGAGGACUCAAACUAUCGCCUGUUCCUGAAACGGCUGGUGCACUAUUUCAAGCCGUCGAGUAAUCGCUUCAGCCGGGUGGAGCUUGGCAACAAACGACAAACACAGAUGUACACGCUAGCUGGCUGCGAGCUCAUUGACUGCCUGUUGGAUGCAGAAGAGGUGGAAGGUGGCAAGCUGCUGGCUGAACUACUGGGCGACAUCUCUGUGCAGAUUGAUGCUAUUCUCACCUCUAAGAGCGCCCACGACUGUUUCUUCAGCCCGCAGCAAGUUACCAGCUCAGUGUGCCAGGACUAUUUCCUGUUCAUCGGCCGCCUCUGUCGCACCUCCAGGGGAAACCGGGCGCUGGACAAGGCCGGCAUUUUUCAACAGCUUAUGAGCUUAGUUGUGUCAACAAAUCAUGACUGCUACAUGAAGUUAGUCAUCUCUGGCCUUGACUACAGCAUGGAUGGAAUGCCAAGGGUGAUCCUGAGCAAGCUGCUGACGGUGCCGUCCGAGUCGUCGCGGCUGUACGCCACCCGGUACCUGCUGGUGCUGCUGCGGGCGAAGCUGCCGGACUUCCACAAGUGGGGGGUGGAGCUGCUGGCGAGCCAGCUCUACGACAAGAGCAAGGCCGUCUCCCUGGCCGCCCUGGCCGUUCUGGGCGAGGCCACCCACGACAAGAUGUACUUGGAUGCCAUCAUAGCUCUGAGGCCAUCUCUUCUGCAUCUGGGGGACAGAGGCCUGCUGCUGCUGAUCAGGUUCCUGUCGACUCCAGCGGGGUUCACGUUCCUCCAGGAUGCCAACUUUGUCAGCAACGAGUUGGAGCACUGGGCCACGAGCUUCAACUACAGGUACGUGCGCCUGGUGGAAGGGGAGAUCCACGACUCGUUCACGCUGCACCAGCGGGGCGAGGACGGGCGGUACAGCCGGCGCGUCACCAGCGCGAAGCACGCGGUGCGCGACGUGUUCGUCCCGCCGCACCUGUACGGCCAGCUGGUGCAGCACGACAAGGGCUUCCAGCUGCUGCUCAGGGAGGGCCGCCUCGACAGCCUGUUCCAGGUGGUGUCGGGGCAGCGCUGCGGCUCGGAGCAGGAGAUCCUGGAGCUGAAGGCUGCCCUGUGGGGCUGCGGUCACGCGGGCUCGGCCCCGGCGGGGGUCGCCCUGCUGGCGGAGGAAGGGGUCGUGGCGGCAGUGGUGCGGCUGGCGGAGACCUGCCCCGUGUACUCGGUGCGCGGCACGGCCCUCUACGUGCUGGGGCUGCUCGCCACCACCCGCCAGGGCGCAGACGAGCUCCAGCAUGCCGGAUGGCUUUGUGUGCGCCACAACCGCCACGACCGCUGGCCAGUUAUCGAAGACAAACCGUGCGCAGAAGAUGCGGAAGGGAAAGAAGAAAGUUCCUUCGGCACGGAGGCCGACAACCUGUCGCUGUCGAGCGGCACGGAGUCCGACUGCAAGGUCACGGGGCAGGCGUCGCACGAGGGCCAGCACUUCUACAUCCCGGACGGAGAAGCAGAGAGUAUCGGCAGUGCCGACGACGAAGGCCUGCUGCUGGACGAGACCUCCGAGUCCACGCACUGGGGAGACUUUCCCGGCCGCAAGAGCUCGCUGUCGCACCAGAGGAAGUCGCAGACCUUGCCCCACGCUCGCCAGGGCAGGGGCCUGUCUGCCCCGAGACACAUCCGCAGCCUCAGCGAGAGCAAGCAGCCUCACGUGGCGCCCUCCCCCUCCCCGGGGCAGCUUAGCGUCGACUGGCAGUCGGCCCCCAGGUCGAAGGAGAACGCGGUGUACUCGCCAGGCGGCCUAGUCGUGUCGUGGCCGGAGGAGACCAAGAGCCGCUCCAACAGCUGCACGGACAGCAGUGGGGUCAGCUCCUGCGACUCGGCAGUCGGCAGGCACCCCACCGUUGAACGUGUCCAGACACUAAGUCCUAUCCCGAGCUCAACUUCUUUGAACACAUUAAGGUCUCCAGCUCCUGAUGUUAUGGACAAACUCAGGAAGUUGUCACUUCAAAGCUGCUCGCCCUCGGAAGGCCUGGCGGGCACCCCUGACGCCCCCAGCUCGCGCCUCAGCCAGCAGGACCUGCUGGGCUACGCGACCCUGCGCUCGCUGCACCAGCACCGCCGGCCCCUCUUCUCCGACACGUCGUCCCUGGCCGCCGUCGAGCUGCUGGGCUUCGACGACCACGGCCUGGCCGCCGUCAACGCCGCCCGCGCCAACAAGAUCCGCAGCCUGGACCGGCAGCUGGCCAACCCCGUUAUGUGUGAAUUUGAAGCAACUAACCCGCCUUCGCUGUUUGGUGGUGCUAGUAGUGCUGGCUUGUCUGCCAAGACCUACAUCGGCAGCCGAACAACCAUCUUCAGCAGAUUGUCAGUGCUUGGCGGCAGUGGGCAGAACCACUACAUGGGCAUCGCGCUGCCUCGUCGCCUGGCCAGCCUGUUCCCCUGCGAGACGGCGGGGCCUGCACCGCCGCCCGACGAGAGGAAGAAGAGCGACAAAGGCACGUCCUUCGGCGAGAUGGAGCAGGUGCAGGAAGUGGUGGAGGACACCGGCGAGACGACCAGCUCGGACACGGAGGACACGGACGAGACACGGAAAGGACGGGUGAGCGUGUCCAGGGGCCGCUACAAGCACUCUGCCGUCCACUGCCUGAGUUGCUGCCGCCUGCGAGACAGGAAGAUAUCGACUGGCUCCUACCAUAGGUACCGCACCGAUACAGAGAGCAGCUACGGAGGCACAGACAGCCCUAUUGUGACCUUGAAGAGACGCAAGUCCCACAGCACUUGUAACGGCCUUCUAGGAGCGGUGACUGCAGGAUCUAUGGACAGUGCAAACAGCCUGGAUGCAGGGUCCCUCGUGCUGGAGGAAGAGGGCUCGCUGCUGAGCAAGAGCCUGGCUCGCAAGCAGAUCUUGAGACACAUCAGCCGGAUGAGCAACCCAGUCUGGUGCAAGCAGUCAAAGCAGGCUCUUUUGCAGCUGAAGCAGCAAAACCCGUCUGCAUUCCAAGAUGUGUGCUUGUACUCUGAAGUCUGUCAUCGUAUGGGGUCAUCUACUUAUCGGCUAGUUGCUCGGAAAUUCAUCCAAGAGCUCUUUCUCGAUCUGACCUUUGACUCUUUGUACGACGAACCAGCCAGCAUCCUCCAGCUCCAGAAGCCAGCAGAGAUGCCCACCGUGACGGCAGGCUCGAGUUCCUCUCCGAGCGUGCACUCGUCUUGCCUGGUGACGUUCCUACCGACACUGUGCGUCACCAGCUCCCCGCCGCAGCUGCCCGCCUCCAGGGUGCCCCCGGGCGACUCGCAGGCCCUGGCAGUCGUCCGGGAGGAGACCACGGGUCCUGGCGGCAGCCCCGGUGUCUGGAGGACGCAACAAACGGGAGGGAGGCGGGAAGGUGAAAUUGCGGCGGUUGAAUCAUCCGGGGAGCCCGCCUCUGUCGGCCCAGCCUUGUCGACCGAGACCGGUCACCCCGGCUGCACUGAUAUAAAUAGUUCCAUUCUAGUCAUCAAUAGCAAGCAGGAGACUGGCUAUCUCAUGACGCACCCAUCCAAACCAAAUAUAAUUUCAUGCCAGCCAGAGAUUGGCAUUGAAAAUCUCGGUAGUAUUACUUAUGCAGAUGAAAGUGAAAGCGAGAGUGAUUGCACAGUGUCUACUACUAAUAGUACUCUGUUUUUUAACAAAAUAAGAGUUUCAAAUACUAAUGACACAAAAAUGGAAAACUAUGUGCAGGCUGGUGGGUGUGAAUCUAGGACUAGACUGGAACGGUUAGUUGUGACUGUGUCGGAAAAUAACGUUCCUAGCCGGGUGGCGAGCCAUCGCAACCCUGAUGCGUGCAAACCGGAUUCCUCCAAGUGCAGAACGUCUAUCACUCACUCGCCAGCGAAACCCUUGACUGCGAAAGCUGUCGGAGCGUGUGCUGCCAGGCAGCGGAAACUAGCCACCGCGUCACCCCCGAACAUAUCCACGCUCACGAGAACUUUGUCACAGCCGGUCCCUGUGCCCAAGACUGAAGAGAAUGGCAAGCAGAAGUCGGGUGACAGCUUGCCGCCUCCAAGCAGUGCAAGAGUUAGUGAAUGUAAAAAGCUGUAAAAAUAGUGAUAAAGUUCUCUAUUGGCAGACAGGCUAACUAAAAGUGUUCAAAAUACAUGCACCACAUACAUAAAUUUUAUUUUCAAUUGUUUUUUUUAAGUUGAAUCACAGCAGUUAUAUUGCUCUCCAUUUGUACACUGCACAGCUUUCAAGGUUCUCUCACAAGACAAAUACUACAUGUAUAUAUGUGUGUUUUGUAUUUAUGUACUUAUGUGUGUUUUCCGUGUUCAAUAAUAUGUUCUGUUUUUAUUUUAAGGUCACCAAACCUUUUUAGUUUAUUUUGUUUUAUUCUUGUUUUACAUGCUGUAAACAUAAGACUGCAUUAAGUUGAUUGCAAGUGUACUAUGUGCAAUAGUUUUAUCUUAUAUAUCUUUUAUCUAUAUUCAUGAACUACCAUCAUAACCUGAAAUUAGCUUCAUCUGGUUAUUUAAUAAUUUUUCUGACUUUUAUACCCUGAACCCAAAGUAUUUUAACAUUGAAUAUACUUAACGUAAGGGUAGGUUGGAUUAACUGUCAGUUUCAGCAGUACCAGUUGUGAUUAAAAGUUAUGAUGGUAAUGUAUCCAGACAUUGGUAGCAUUGCUUGUCACUCAUGUUGAUUAAACUACAUUCAGUUUAUUGGUCGAUAGCUAAUUUAUUAUGUAAUAAUUCUUCUGAAAAAAGCUUUAUGUGACCACUUUAUACAUACUUCCAAUUGGCUUCAACCAAUACAUCUUUGUAUCAUCAAAAUCAUCAUCACCAACAGAUCUAAUUAAAUACAAGCAACAUAAUGAACAUGCAUGUCCUUAAAAUUAAAAUAUUGAAACUGCUUUUAUCCUGUAUUAAGAAGUAUAACCUCCAAUAAGCCAACUCAAAUGCUGACAAAUUAGUAGCAUUCACAAAUUUGGUGAUGUUUUUAUUUUCUGUGUUGAUUGCCUAGGUGACUACAUUUAUUAUGUCAGUAGAUAUACAGUUCCAUACAGUAUUGAUAAUUUGGGUUGCACAUUUCUUUUGAAUCAAAAUUUACCAGCCAUACAUUGCUUAAUUAAGGAAGACAUGUUUUUAUCAAAUUUUUUUAGUGUGCAUGUUGCUGUAAGUUAAUUCUGUUUCUCUUUAUGGAAUAGUCAGCAAUAAAAUGUAUUAUUAAUUUUUUGACCAGCUGAUUUUUAUCAUGUGAAACCAUCUGUGAUAGCAAUAGCAUGCAUCUGUAAUUAGUUAAAAAUAGACAGAAAUAUUUUCUAUGUCUCUUAUUCUCAUUAUAUAUUUUUUUCUACAACUGAUAAAUGUUAAUAUCUCAUUAGUUGAUAAAAGUAAAGAAUUUUUAUUUCAUACAUGACCAACAGAUAAGGGAUGUGAUAGAAAUACCUAUGUAUUCUAACUAUAUGUGUCUCUUAAAGAAAAUCUGCCAUUUAGUUUCCUGGUUUGUGUGUGUAAUGUAUUUAAAAAAAAAAUCAUAGUUCCAAAAUGACCUUGGUAUAUGUGAUUUGUUUUAACUUUUACUUCAGACAGUAUAUACAGUAGAAUCCCGCUGAUGCGACCCCUCACGGUUCCCGGAAAAACGGACUUAUAAACGGAAGGGUCGCAAUAGAGAAUUCGGGCCAAAUUCCCCCCCCCCCCCCCCCCCCCCCCCCCAACUAAAAAAAAAACAUAAAAAAUCGCCUUUGUUCGCAUAGAUUUCAUAUUCAAAUAGUCUAUGGUAUAAAAAAGACAAUUUUUUAAAUUCAUAUUACAGUAUUUAAAUAGCAUGAUGUCUCCUGAAAAAAACGAUACCUUAAAAAGCAAUAUUGGAGCUCCCGUUGCCAAGAAAAAAAAAAUUUAACACAGUGCAGCGUGUCCAAUUUCGCCAUCUUUGUAUAGAAAAAUCAGACGAUUUAGUAUUGAAAUAACUUUUUAUUAAAGGUUUGUUAUGUCUCUUGCGGGCUGUAUUAGUGUGGUGUUUGAAAGGUUGCGUCCCAUGACAACGGGUGGUCUGGCGGCGCUUAUCGCUCUGGUCCGUCCGGCUGACGUGCAGGAAUGCGAGAAGUAGGGUAAGCGCGUGUGUGUGUGAGAGAGAAAGCGAGAAAAAGUUGGGGGGGGGGGGGGGGGCUGGCGACCAGCAGCAUCGUUAGCUAGCGAGAGUGUGACGGUAAAUGUCGACCUUGACCACUUCUGCUUGCUGCAGGGCUCGCUCUCUUUUAUCUCUGUCUCCCCCUCCCACAAAUAUAUUGGCUGGCAGGUCUCGCCCUCUUCACCUUCUUUAUCUUAUCUCUCACGCACACUUGAAGCACACGGGACCGGGACUGCAAUAGACGCGCGCGUAGAUGCUAUCAGGUGGGGACUGCAAUAGAUGCGCGCGUAGAUGCUAUCAGGUGAUGCGUGCACUUUACCGGUAUUGGCUAGCGUGGACAGUCUAGAAGGGUGGUAUCUAUUUUUAGCCGUCUUUUGUAUGCAUGCCUGCUUACAGUACAGCGUUCGCCAAGAUAAACGUGAACACAUAGCGCCCAACAAAGUGUAACAGACUUGUUUUUCAGCCAAUUUUACUCAAAUUUUCGACUUUCUCUGCUCAAAUUUUUCACGGUUCCUCAAAAAACGGUUUAUAAAUGGAAUGGACGCAUUAGAGGGGGGUCGCAUCGGCGGGAUUCUACUGUAUUAAGUUUUGUUGAAACUCAGAACUUCUUAGGGUUACUUUUCACGGUUUUAUGUAACUUAUGCACAUAUAAUUAUUUGUGCAUUUUGCUGAACCCAAUUUUUAUGUAGGAAAUUUAAAUUGGAUUUCAUUUUUCGUAUUAAGCUUUAGUUGACUGUGAUCUGUUCUUUACACAUCUAUGUGAAUCUAAAUAUUUUACAUAAUUUUUUGUCUACUGCGAAUGCAUAGGAAUUGUUAAUUGUGCAAAGUCUGUUUUCGAAAAUUAGCAUGGUUGUAAAAAUGGUGAUUGCCUUGAUAAAAUAAACCAGUUUUGCAUUAGCAGCAGAGAUGAGCAUUGCAAUUUCACAGUUUGUAUUUCACAAAGUUAAAGAUGAAAUUAAAAAAAUUCUUGCUAAAUCUCAUGCUCAACAUGAAAUCUAGUCAUUGCGUAUUUCAGAAGUUCAAUAUUUUCAUGGCAAGUCAUUUUUUGCACAUUAAGGAGAGUAAAAUUACAUUAUAAAAAAAAUCUGUUUUGAAAACCUUAUUGUUGAAAUUUUUUUAUUACAUUUGCAUUAAGAGUGUUAAACUUUAGUUUGAUAAAUUUUAAGUAAUCACAUUACACUAUCUUUCUUAUACCAUUUUAUUAAAAUUGUUACACUAACUUUGUAAAUCAUUAAAAGUUCACUGUUGUUACAAAUAUGUUAAAAGUUUUAUCAGUUCUGUUUCUUGUAAACCUAUUUUUCUUCACCUGUGUGUUAAAUGCAGCAACAGUUGCAUUUUCCACUUUGUACGUGACUGAAUAAUAUUCUGUGGGAAGGAAAAUUGCAGACUGUAGGCACGGGUCAAGACUACUAGCUUUAACAAAUGUGUGUAAAUAAGUAUAAACCCUGGGCGGGUUCCCGGGAAUAUUAGGACACACGUCGGCAAGUUACUAUAAAAGCAUGGCGUCUGCCUUGCAAUUCUGUAGCGCUUAGAAGUGUCCCAUGGGAACACACCUGGUGUGUGACUAGAACUGAAUUGUAACAGAAUAAAUUACUACUGUGGUUGAUACAUGAUAAUAAAAAUCGAGAAAUUGCUAA